CGCUGCAGAUAUUGAGACCACGAACGAAACUGUGCCAACACGAACAUAAAAAUUGUCUUCGCUAAACACAGUUAUGCCGUAUAGUGAAUCCGUAUCUAUGAAUCGGAAUAUUCCGAAAGCAAAAGGCUCUCCGAAAUGGAGACGACCCAAGCCGUCCGCUGACAAGACUCGUUUUAUGGAAAAGCCAAAUUUUACUACGCGUACCGGAAAACUGGUCGAUGUGUUGUACGGGCGCCGUCACUGCAACUCCAGAGGCGACAUAACUCUGCUGUGCACUUAUUUCGAAGCAAAUGAAAGGCACAAAAGACUUCCAAAGGGGUCGAAAUCAUUUGUUAAAAAUGAAACCUCUAAUGAUAACUUCUGUUCAGACAAACGCAAACUACGUACUACAAAUAUUGAAAACGAACCAAGCUACAUGUUGUAA